AUGCAGGCGCAGCUGGGCAGCCUGCUGGAGCAGCAGCUGGAGCUGAAGGAGGAGGUGGAGGCGGAGGAGGCGGCCACUCGGCGGCGGGAGGAGGAGCACAUCAAGGUGGCCUGGCAUCAGGCGCAGGCCGCUGCGGCUGCGGCGGCCCAGGAGGACAGGGCCCGCAGGCAGCAGGCGGCUGAGGCCACGCUGGCGGCCAACAGGCAAUGGAAGGGUGAGCUGGCUUCCCGGGCCGCCCAGGAGCGCGCGGCCGAUGAGGCGAUUGUGCAGCAGGGGCUAGCAGCGGCGGCAGCUGCAGAGGCGCGGGAGCAGGCGGCCCGCUCCCAGCGGCAGGCCGCGGCAGAGGCAUACCGCGAGCAGGUGGCGGCACAGAUGGAGCGUGAGCAGGCCAGCACUGCCGCCAGGGAUGCAGAACUGCAGCGGGUGCUGGAUGCACAGCAGGCCAAACGCGAUGCUGAGCUGGCGGCUAGGGACGCCGCUCGGCAGCGCCUGCAGCAAGAGGUGGCUGCUGCCCGGGAGCAGCAGCUUGCGGCCAAGCAGAUGGCUCGCCAAGCCUGCCAGCAGGCAUCGGUGCAGGAGCGGAUGCGUGCCGAGGCAGAGGCCUUGGAGGCGGCCAGGGCGGCCGAGGAGCGGCGGCAGCAGGAGCGGCGGCAGGAGGCGCAGCAGCGGCUGGACCUGCAGGCCCAGAUGGCCGCCAAGCAGCUGCGGCGGGCGGCGCAGGGGGCGGAGGAGCGGGCGGGGCGGGAGGCGGAGAAGCGGGCGGAGGCAGAGUACCAGCGGCGUGUGCAGACCACACUGAGCCAGAGCCAGCCCGGUGGGCAGUGGUAUGGCCUGCGCAAGCACGAGUGGUAG